UCUGCUCAUCGCCACUCACAGCGUGCUCAACCUCUCCCUUCCUCCACCAUUACUUGAUACCAGGCUGCGUUUCUCCCUGGACGUUUUCUUUUUGCCUCAUACCAUCCUAUACUCGACUCCCGCAUUUUCACGAACACAUAUCCAUCAUGCCAGCUACUGUCACGACUCCUGCAAAUGGCUCCACGCAUGUCGCCAAGAAGCAUCAUACAAAGAAGCGCAUUGUUCGCCGCCGAGGACGCAGCGCCCUUGACAGCGACGACGAGAUCGAGCGCGAAGCUCACACCGACUCUGACACCGACGACGACUCUUCCUACAUGUCAGAGUCGGGGACAGAGUCGGCAUCUGACGAUGAACACCACGCUGGCAUCGUUACCCCUAGCACCACACAAAGCCCUCCGCCGCUCGACAUCCCUGGCGCCUCUACUCCCGCCAAGCCGACCGUCGUAAAUGGGGGGACUGGGCCCUUCGUGGAGACUACAGACUGGGCGCAGAUCGUUGCGGAUGAGAACACACAUGGCGCGGGCGACCUCCCCGUCAUCGACUUCGCCGAUAUGCACGCUCACACGAUCACGGAGGCGGCGCCCGCCGCGCCUCCUCGGUCUCGCAAAGCGCACAAGCAGAACAAGAAGGCUGCUGCUGCUCGCACGCAAGCCCAGCCCCCAGUCGCUUCCAAACCUGUCGCUUCUACUUCCGAGACCGAAACCGAGACGAAGCAGGAGCAGCCGGAAGCAGUCAUCGAAGAACCUGCAGCUUCACCCUCGAAGACAGGCCCGCCCCGAGAACCCAAGGACUCUCACCGUCUACGCGGACAAUCUGCUCGCCAAGCAUACCAAGAGCGCUUGCAGCAUGAUCCCGCGUUUGUUCCUCGUGUGGGGGAAUUUUGGGGACACGACGAUCGCUUGCUUGACAAGGAGUUCCGUAGUUUGAGUGGUUGGUGGAGAGGGCGUUGGUACGGUCGCGGACGUGGUAGGGGAGUGCCUCUCCGCGGACGCGGUGGCAGAGGGUUCUUGCCUGGUCGUACCGCAGACAUAGGUGGUGAGGACGUGGAGAAGGGCGAGGAAGAUAGACAGGAGGUUCCUCCCAUUGAGCGGCCUUGGGGUCAUGACGGAUUCGAGGAGAUGAAGCGAAGGGAGGAGCAACGGAGGGAAGAACAACGCCGGUCUCAGACGAGUCGUCAGUCCGCAAGCUCGCAACGAGGUGGUGCGCUUCGUGGUAGGGGUGCCUUUGCUGCCAGAGGCCGUGGCGGGUUCUCGCGUGGCGGCGGCGUUUCUGCCGCUUCUCGCACUGGGCCUCGCGUUGACCCUUCUGACCCGACAUCCAUUCCUGUGUGGUACGCUCAGAAGCCAGACAAGAUGUGGACAAAGCACGCCGACAACUUCCUCUACUUCGAACACGCUGCACGCCCUCGUCCUGGAGAAGCCCCAUCCAUCCGCGUCCGGCUUCCAGGACAAAAGGAAUCGCAAGUCGUCCAUCAAAAAACUCAGACAAAGUUGGCCACAGGUUCAACGACAGCAUCAACCGCCACAAGCACUGCAGAGGAAGGUGACCGGCAGUUUGUUGUCCGCAUUCCUGUCGUCAGCAAGAUCGAGAAGGUUUCGCAACCCGCGGGCAUUCAGCCGGUUGAGCUCGAAACUCGGACGCAGGAGCCCUCUAUCGAGGAUGUCUUCACUGUCAGGCCACAGGUCGUUCCAGAGCAUGUCCCAAUUCAAGCCUCCGUUCCUCCGAGCUCCGCAUCUGGAACAGGGCCUCAUGCUACCCCGGUCUCUUCCACUUCUGUGCUACCGGCUUCUGAAGGCAAGAAUCCACUGGAGCAGAUCGGCAUCGGUGCGCCACCCGAAACCGACAGUGACCCCAGUGCGGAUAUUCAAGAAGCUGUUUUGCGCAAUCCACCAAGACCAGAAGUGCAUGCUCCCAUCCCACAACAAGCACCGGCCGUGGACUCGUCGCGUCCGGCCCCUCCAGCUCUUCACCCGAUCCAGACAAGCUUUUCGCCGGUCCCUCAGCCAUCCCCUUCGUAUGUUUCUUCGUAUCCGUAUGGUGCUCUGCCUCCUGGUGUUGGCAUGAGUCAGCAAGGAUACCCCUACGAGUUGGCCACCGGCCGCCCCGUGUACUUACAUCCUACACCUCCGCCGAUGUAUGCGCCUCAGCCCGUGAUGCGUUCUUACAUGGGCCAUCCUUCAACAAGUAUACCUUUCGUUCCGGGACACGUACAUCGCCCAUCGCAGGAGUACAUGCCACACCCGCAUACGCCACCCGUCAAUGGCUUCGUUGACACCUCAAUUGGUGCACCGAUCUUCGCCCCUGCACGCCAGAGCAGCCGUAUCGAAAUUAGGGCACCGGACGGCAAGGUCAAACACAUUCCUCGUCCCUCGGGGUUGCGGGUGAGCACGACGGAGAGCGAUGCUGAGCAGACUCAGGCGACCCAGGAGCCCGCAAUAUCCGAAGCCUCGGAGCACAACGAGCAGGUGCAAGCGGCACAAGACCCUCUGAUGAUGACAUACCCUGCCUACCAACAACCGUACUACUAUCCCGACCCUAAUGGAUAUUCCGGCUACAUGGACAUGUCGAAUCAAGUAGCACAAUACGAUUUCUACCCUCCGUACGACCAACAAUACGACCAGCACGCUCAGCCCGUAGCCUAUUACUAGUCUCCUGUUGCAUUAUUCUCGUCCCGCUGUAUCGCUGUCUCGCUGCCCUCUCUCUGCUCCAUCAUGUUCUGCACACACAUAACUUACACAGAUCCAAUACAUCACCAUCCAUCGACACUUUUUCCCUUUCAUCUUGCCGUUGUUUGCUUGUUUUCUUCCAGGCAGUUUUUCUCUGGUCCUCAUUUGCAUGCUUCUGACGGUUAUCAGUUCUUUCUUGCAGUACGACGUUAUGACAUCUUACUAGGUCGGCAUGUGUGUGUUGCACGUAUCCUUUUUAUUCAUUUUGACAAUGUCAUCGCCCACGAUGUACAU